GAGCUCUUCAUCAUCAGGCGCAGGGAUGAUGUUCAACUCAUCGGGCGCACUAGAUUUCUUCUCGUUCACUCACCCCGAGGUCGCGUCGGAAGUUUUCAAUGGUUCCUCACACUUAUUCUACAACAUCUCAAUGGCCAUGUGGAACAAUUCCUGCGGGGAACAACUGCUUGAUUUCACCUCAGCGGAAAAGAUUGUUAUCGGAAUUAUGCUGGCCAUCAUCACCACCGUGACGGUGAUUGGAAAUAUGUUGGUGGUGAUUGCGGUGUGCGUCGUUAAAAAGCUCAGACAGCCGUCCAACUAUCUGCUGGUGUCUCUGGCCGUGGCGGAUCUUUCCGUGGCUGUUGUGGUGAUGCCAUUCGUGAUCGUGACGGACCUCACUGGAGGAAAGUGGCUUUUUGGAGAGGUCUUUUGUAACAUCUUCAUCGCUAUGGAUGUGAUGUGCUGCACUGCAUCUAUCAUGACGCUGUGCGUGAUCAGUGUGGACAGGUAUCUUGGAAUCACCCGCCCUUUGACCUACCCUGCUCGUCAAAAUGGCCAAUUGAUGGCGAAGAUGAUUUUUGGUGUGUGGCUUGUGUCGGCCUCCAUCACACUGCCGCCAUUUUGCGGCUGGGCGAAGAACGUUAACACGGCCGGCGUUUGUCUUAUCAGCCAGGACUUCGGCUACACCAUCUACUCCACCGCCGUGGCCUUCUACAUCCCCAUGAUAGUCAUGCUCUUCAUGUACUACAAGAUCUUCAAGGCCGCCAGAAAAAGCGGGGCCAAACAUCGUUUUACUGACUUCCCCCGUCGGGAACGCCUGGAGACCGUUGCCAGCGAAGCCCUGAGGAUGCAUGGCCUAAAACCUCAACACACACCUGGCGUAGCUGAGGAGUGCGCUGCUCUUUCUCGUUUUCUCAGCCGUGAACGACAGAAUAUCUCAAUUUUUAAGCGAGAGCAAAAGGCAGCAACGACAUUGGGCGUGAUAGUUGGAGUUUUUGGCAUUUGUUGGCUGCCGUUUUUCAUUCUAUCUACAGCGAGACCCUUUAUAUGUGGGGUCAAGUGUAGUUGCAUACCAAUUUGGCUGGAGAGGACGCUGCUAUGGUUUGGAUAUGCCAAUUCACUAAUGAACCCCUUUAUUUACGCUUUCUUUAACCGGGACCUGCGCUCCACUUACAGGGAUUUGCUCCGUUGCAGGUAUCGGAACAUAAACCGGCGACUGUCAGCUGUAGGUGUGCAUGAGGCACUGCGGGUUUAAGGUAUAGUGAUGAAGGAUAUAGUCUGGCCCAAUUUUGGUUUUCACAAAGCCGAACAAUGUGCAUUUCUACAUCCACUUAUGAACAUAAAAUCAUACAGACUCAUAUUUCUUCAGAACACUCAUAUUUCUCUACCAUUAAGGCAUAGUUUGGGUCAGUAGUUGUUUUCCCCCUUAUUAUUCCCCCAGGAGACAACAAGGUAUACCAUAUUAGGCCUGAUUUCACUGAGAAUUCAGACAAAACAGGCCACGGAACUGAGAAAAUAUGCACUUUGAUUUUGUUGAGUUCAUUAAAUCAUUUAAACCUAUUUAAAUAGGCUAUGUUUAGAUUUUAUUUUAUAUAGGCCUAUCCAUUAUUCAAUUCUAUUUAUAUAUGCUGCUGUUCAAAUGUUAACGAUCAGUAAGAUCUUUUUUUUAAGAAAUACUUUUAUUCAGCAAGAGAUAAUGUAAUUAUACUUUAAAUAAAAUUGUUCCUUUGUAUAAAGAACAACGGCUAUUGGCUGUUUUCAGAACAAAUUAAUAUAUGAUUCAUGUUUUGGCUUGAACUCUCAAGAAUCAGGGAGAAAGAAACAGAUGUUCAUUUGGAAAUUUAGAUUGCAUUCAGGUAAAUUGGCACUUUAAAUGAUAAAAGUUGGCCAAAAUUACCUGAAAUUUGCCAAAGCUUGCAUAAAAUAGUGAUAUCCUAAAAUUAAAGCAACAGUACGUUUGCUAUUUCUGUCUAUAAAUUCGCAGUAUUUUUUAUUUUGUUUUGCUGUCAUAAAGCAACUGGCUGUUAUCUUCUCAAAGCUGUUCAUUUUCUCAUCACAAUAGAUUCCACAAUGUGACGCAAAAGGGUAGCCUCCUAAAUCUUCCUUAGUUUGUAUUUAGCCAGUCAUCGGUUAAUUUGCUGGUUCAUUUGUCCGCAUUAAGCUGUGAUUAUAUUGAUUUCCCUCCACAUGCGAGCGUUCUGAAGAAGUAUGCAGACACUUUAAAGCAGAUGUUCUGUACACAUCAGGCGACCAAGUCUCAAGAGGAGGAAAAAUAAGGGCUUGUGGGCAGUUGUCACUAUGAGGCUUGACUGAUAUUGGAAAUCCAUCAGAAUGUGUGUGUGCGAGAGCGUGAAUCCCUGCCUAGAAACAAGAGACAGGACACUCACCUUGCUUUUCCGAUGAUUCAGUCCAUCUAUUUUAAGAACUUUAAGAGCAUGGAAUAGACGGCUGUCUUUGAUGGAACAUCUCACUCAGUGAGCCUUUGUGAAUAUGCUGUGAUCUGGCAUUGUCCGUUUUCUACCCAUUUUUUGACCUGAUGUGGCAAUUGGAAAAGACGUUCAAUGCCUUUAAGUGUCUCCUCAACCAUAUAUGAUGAAACUUGUGGUAAGCAACAUUUACUGAGGACUGAAUCCUGUUAAAUCUCAAGUCUUGCCUACUCUUAACAGACACAUUAUUAUUGACUGAAGAACUUGAUGUGGUUGUUUACACACGGAGAUCUAGAGGUUAAAAUGUUUUUGAUGUACAGUUGUAUAUGUGUGUUGCCAAAUCUUUGUGAGAAGCUUAUAAAAAGUGUUUCUUGUCACAGAUUUGAACCCUGCACCAGAAACAUUGAAAUCGCCUGUGUAUUUUUGUGUAUUACCUUUUCCGAACAAGGACAACACUAAGUGUUUUGCCAAGAUUGUUGAUGUAAAACAAAGUAAAGAGGAAAAUGAAGAAAGUUAAAGAAAUGAAAUAAAUUAGAAGUAAAAAGAAACCGAGGUACUAUUUUGACAGUUUUGACUUCUUUAGGGUAUUUCUAUGAGGGAAAUGUGUCUUUGCUUCAUUCCACAGAAUUAACUUACUGUACCUGUGGGUUGCACAUGAUUUCUUGCAAUGAUUCGUUGAAAUGGGCAUCUAAGAACCUUUGUAAACAUUCAUUUAUAGAUGCAUUUGUGCAUGUUUGCCUUAAACCGAAGGCUGCCAGUUACUGAUGCAAUUUUAAUAUAUAAUCUACAUAAAUUGAUUAUAUAUUGGAAAACCCUUAAGGGUGCUUUCAUUCUUUUGAUGCAGAACCAAAUUCGGUUUGUUUGGUUGGAUUGAAAAAUGCAAAAACUAAUAAUUGGCCUUCCUUUUAGUUCAUUAGUUGGAAUUUGAACUGAAUUGGCCAAAACACGCAGGAAGUUAAAUGGCAAGAAGCGUUGAAAUUCAAUGAAACGCAUUCCAGGAAAUGAAGUGUUGUUUAGUCACACGUAUACGCGUGUUAGAGAAUUAUUUUUGGAAAGCAGGGCCCAUUUGGUGAUUCUCUUUUGCUAAACAUUCAUUGCAGACAGACUUGAGUGCCGUUUUAGUGGUAAAUCUAAAGGGACAAAAACUGGCAUCUUCUGAGUUGUUAUAUACAGUGGCUGUUAGUUCCAAAAUGGCGUUUUGGUAGUGACGACAUAGCAUAGAAGAACCAGUUUUAGUUUCCCAAAGAACCGGUGAACAGUCCUUAAAAUAACCUUUUUUUUUUUCUUAGUGUGAAGUACAUUUUACACUAACAUUUUCAUUUUUUUUAAUUCUGAGCAAAUAAAAGAAAAAACUGUGAAAACAGCCUUUCAAAUCAAAUGAUAGGGAAUCAUACUGUUCAUGCCGCAGAUAAAGCAAUGCUGCAUUAUAUACAGCAUUGAGGUAUCCAAGGCCAUACAAUUUAAUAGCUAUGAAUAGAACAACAUACAGUAAAGCGGGAGCAGAGAAGAAUGAAAUAUGACUUCAGCCUAAGACAUGUCAUUAUCAGGUAAAGUGCCCAUACUUAUAAUUACAUUGCUUGGAAAUAAAUGGUUUUGAACCUGCUGACAAGUAUUUUGUUUGCUGCGGUAGAGCCACAAAAUGGCUCAAGGGAGUAGUUUGUGGGGAUGAAAAAGUGAUUGUGGUCAAAAUCCAGACAGCAAAGAUACUGUCGUCUGUGAAGCUGUUCAUUGAGCGUGCCAGUGUGCCAUAGCGUUGAUGCUAGUCUAUUUGUGCCUGCCAAAAGUUGUAGCUUCCGCUUAUAACAAGAAAUCUGUGAAAUGCAGUUCAGUCAUGACAAUUCUCAGAGUGAAUGAAUUUCAACCAGCAUUUGCAUAGGGCAUGAAAUAAACAUAGGCUUGAUUUUGCGAACGAGAUCUGCUGCUGCUGAGCAAAUGGGGUGGUGAUGGCUCAGUGGAUAAGACACAUGCCUUUGGUGUGAGAGACCUGGUUUCGAAUCCACUGUGAGACACCAAUGUGUCCCUGAGCAAGACACUUAACCCCUAGUUGCUCCAUAUAUAGCAAUUGUAACAUGCUUUGGAUCAAUGAAUAAAUCGGAAAGUAGCAGAAGGUUAGUGUUGGUGGUGUUGCAGAAGCUUUUAUAUUGUGCAGCAUGCCGAUCGCAGGUUAGGGUACAGUAUAAGGCUACGUGGAUUUGGAAGUACUUCUGAUUGGCUGGUGCAGCUGCAUUGAAAGAACCAAUCAGCAUUUGUCAGAGUUUCAUACAUGUACUAACUACGUAUGUAUUAGUUUGUACUGUUGCCUCAUUGAUAUUGAUCAGUCUGUGAUUUAGAAAACAGUAACAGUAAUAUGGAUUUAAUAAUAUGUCUUGGGUCCUAAACAACCAAUUUGAGAUGUAUAUAUACAUUUACACUAUUGUUCAGAAGUUUUUUAAAUAAAAUACAUUAAAUGUAUCAAUAGGGACAGCAAAGACUUGUACAAUGUUACAGAAAAAAUCGAUUUAAAAUAAAUGACGUUCCUUUGAAGUUUCUAUUAAUCAAAGAAUCCUGUUUUUUUUUAA